AUGACGAAGCCCGACGACAUCCCCCCCAUGACCUAUCGGUUUCUCGGCCAGUCCGGUCUCCAGGUCUCAUCCAUCUCGCUCGGAGGCUGGCUCACGUAUGGCGGCCACGUCGACAGAGAGGGCACGUUUGCCUGCAUGAAGGCCGCAUAUGACUGCGGCGUCAACUUCUUCGACUGCGCCGAGGUAUACGCCGCAGGCGAGUCCGAGAUUGUCAUGGGCGAGGCCAUCAAGAAGUACGGCUGGAACCGCAACGAUUUGGUCAUUUCCACAAAGGUCUACUGGGGCGCUGCGUUCGGCAACAACCCCGUCAACAACAAGGGCCUCUCGAGGAAGCACAUCGUCGAGGGCGUCAACGCCUCGCUCAAGCGCCUGAGCCUGGAGUACGUCGACCUCAUCUACGCGCACCGGCCGGACCGGCAGACGCCGAUGGAGGAGACGGUGCGCGCCUUCAACCACAUCAUCGACUCGGGCAAGGCCUUCUACUGGGGCACGUCUGAGUGGAACGCCGACGAGAUUGCGCAGGCCUGGCGCGUCGCCGACCGGCUGGGGCUCAUCGGGCCUGUCAUGGAACAGCCAGCGUACAACAUGCUCACGCGGGAAAAGGUCGAGGGCGAGUUCGCGCACCUCUACCGGCCGGAGAACGGCGGGCUCGGGCUCACCGUCUUCUCGCCCAUGAAGCAGGGCAUCCUGUCGGGCAAGUACCGCGACGGCAUCCCCGAGGACUCGCGGUUCGCGCAGACGACGGUCGAGUUCAUCAAGGGGUACUGGAAGCGCACGUCCAAGGAUGACUGGGCCGGCAUCGUCGAGCAGGUCAACAGGCUGCAACCCAUCGCCGACCGGCUCGGCAUCAAGAUGAGCACCCUGGCCCUGGCGUGGGUGCUCAAGAACCCCAACGUGAGCUCCGCCAUCACGGGCGCCAGCAGCCCGGAGCAGGUGUACGAGAACUGCCGCGCCGUGGCGGCGGUGGACAAGCUGACGCCCGAGGUCAUGGAGGAGAUUGACGGUGUGCUGAACAACAAGCCCCCGUCGGUGACGCUGCGGCACUGA